AUGAGCAUCAAUCCAGCUGCCUUAGGAAGACCAUCUUCGGGUAAAAGAAGAUUGAAAGAUCUUUUGGCUCAACGUGAUAAUCGUGUGUGUGCAGAUUGUGGUGCUCCAGACCCAAAAUGGGCUUCGGCAAAUAUUGGAGUAUUUAUAUGCUUAAAGUGCUGUGGUGUUCACAGAAGCCUCGGUACACAUAUUUCAAAGGUUUUAUCUGUGACGUUAGAUGAAUGGUCGGAUGGCGAAGUUGAUUCGAUGAUUGAAGUAGGGGGAAAUGCUUCUGCAAAUUCUAUUUACGAGGCUUAUAUUCCUGAAGGGGUGUCUAAGCCCAGACCAGAAGCUAGCCAUGAAGAACGUUCGAAAUUUAUCAGGGCUAAAUAUGAGCGCCAGGAUUUUUUGAAACCUAGUCUGCGUAUUCUAUCCUCGUCAUCGAAAAAGCAUUCUUUGCAAGCAAGUUUGUCGAGGAAGAUUAUGGAUAGCUUUCGGAGUUCGGGAUCACAUAAACCAGAGGUGGGCAUGGUGGAGUUUAUUGGCAUGUUGAAGGUUAAAGUGAUCAAAGGCUCGAAUCUAGCUAUUCGAGAUAUGCUAUCAAGUGAUCCAUAUGUUGUUUUGAGCCUCGGGCAGCAGAAAGUUCAAACAUCUGUGGUGAGAAGCAAUCUGAAUCCUGUCUGGAAUGAGGAACUUAUGCUCUCUGUUCCAGAAAAAUAUGGCCCGAUAAAACUGCAAGUUUACGAUUACGACACGUUCUCUGCUGACGACAUAAUGGGGGAAGCCGAGAUAGAUAUUCAGUCGAUGAUUACAUCAGCAACGGCCUUUGGUGAUGCCAGCAUGUUUGGGAACAUGCAGAUCGGGAAAUGGCUAAAGUCAACAGAUAAUGCGCUGAUCGAGGACAGCACGGUCAACAUAGUCGAUGGGAAAGUCAAACAAGCCGUGUCGUUAAAACUCCAGAAUGUCGAAUCGGGAGAAAUAGAUCUCGAGCUAGAGUGGAUUCCUCUUGGUCAAUGA